UAAGAAGAUAGGGCCCACAGUCUAUACGAGUCCGCACCAGAAUCACACAAGUCUCUCUACCUUCAUUUCUUAACGGUCAAAUUUCGAUAAGGGGCCGCCGAGAGCAAACGAACCACCGCCAUGGCCUCGUCCGCCACCGCCUUCCUCUGCAACCACGCCGCCGCACUCGCCUCACCUUGCUCUCCCGGCAGAACCAGAACCGCCACAAGAAGCCUCCGGAGGCGGAGGAGCUCUCUCAAACCAACCACCGUCGUCACCGCCAAGCUCGACCAGAUGACGGCGUUGCAGUACCGGAAGCUCGGCGACUCCGACCUCAAAAUCAGCGAAAUCACGCUGGGCACUAUGACGUUCGGUCAGCAAAACUCGGAGAAAGAAGCGCACGAAAUUCUCAGCUACGCUUUCGACAACGGCAUCAACAUUCUCGACACCGCCGAGGCCUAUCCGAUUCCGAUGAAGAAGGAGACCCAAGGAUUAACCGACCUCUACAUUGCCAGCUGGCUUAAGUCUCAGCAACGCGACAAAAUUGUUUUGGCAACAAAAUUGUGUGGGUAUUCAGAGAGGGCUAGUUAUCUGCGUGACAAUGCAAAGGUCGUAAGGGUAGAUGCUGCCAACAUUAGAGAGAGCGUAGAGAAAAGUCUCAAGAGACUUGGCACGGAUUACAUUGAUCUAUUGCAGAUUCAUUGGCCAGAUCGCUAUGUGGCACUAUUUGGUGAGUAUUGCUAUGAUCCUUCCAAAUGGAGGCCAAGUGUGCCAUUUGUGGAGCAACUGAAGGCUCUUCAAGAAAUUGUUGAUGAAGGAAAGGUACGUUAUAUUGGUGUUUCCAAUGAGACUUCAUAUGGAGUGAUGGAGUUUGUACAUACUGCUAAAGUUGAAGGGCUACCAAAGAUCGUUAGUAUUCAAAACAAUUACAAUCUGCUUGUUAGAACUCAUUUUGAAAUUGAUCUUGUUGAAGUUUGCCUCCCACAACAUCACAACAUCGGGUUACUAGCUUAUUCUCCACUUGCUGCUGGAGCUCUGACCGGAAAGUACAUUGAUAGCAAUUCUGAUGCUGCAAGAAAAGGGAGGUUGAACCUCUUCCCAGGGUACAUGGAAAGAUAUAACAAAUCCAUUGCCAGGGAAGCAACAAUUAAGUAUAUGGAAGUAGCAAAGAAACACGGGCUAACUCCGGUUCAGCUUGCACUUGGAUUUGCACGGGAUCGUCCAUUUGUGACUAGUUCUAUCAUUGGGGCAACUUCUGUCGAUCAACUGAAGGAGGACAUCGAUGCUUUUCUGUCGACCGAGAGACCUUUCCCACCAGAACUGAUGGCUGAUAUUGAAGAUGUAUACAAGAGAUACAGAGAUCCUACCCUUUUUUGAAACUAGUGUAAUUAUCAUUUAUUUUUAGUUUUAUAUGUUGAUCAAAGGUCAAGGAUAUUGAUCUCCCUUGUUCCACCAGGGGAACUUUUGAUGUUCCAUCAGCAACUAGCAUUGAGUUAACAAAGAUUCAUCCUCCCAGUC